CCGCGAGUCAAAAUGCCGUCUAAUCAUUUUGGCACACGACAAGCCAUUUGGCUUUAUACCAACUUUUGGUAAAGCUUUUGAGCUUGCUUUGGACUAUUUGAGUACCCUAAACUAUGUAGACAUAUUAUUAGUUGGGGGAGCUUAAGAAAAAAGCCAGAAACGAAGAAGUUUCCAGUGGAAGAAAAAUCUCAUCCUUUCUUUUGACAUGAAAGCAGAGGAGGAGUUGAAGUUAAAUGUUCGCAACAUGGCUAUCUAAAAGAAAUCAACCUUUGUGGGCCAAAAUUUUUUUUUUUUUUUUUUUCUUUCCCAAUCUUUAUCAAGUCCUUGGUGGGGUUGGGUCAAAUUUUACUAGCUAGGGGGCCUAUUCCAAGACCUACUUUGGUGCAUACAUUUCAUUUUCUAGACUAUAAAUCACCAACACCAAAAGCACCUUCAACCUCUCAUUUUCUCCCCCUUCGCCUUGUAUUUUACUCUCAACUUUCUUGCCUUCCAAUCAAGCAUGAAUGUGUACAGAGAUCAAAUCUCCUCCUGUUACUUCCAUCCAAAAGAAAUAGUGGUGGGCGUCUGCGCUUUGUGCUUAAACGAGAGGCUUCAUAUUUUAGCGUCCAGACGAGGCCGCCACCACUCUUCAGCCCGAAGCUGCCGGAAAACUCCCAUCAACCUCUCCAAGAUCUUCGCUUUUAGCUCUUUCAUCAGCCGUCUCGAAUUCCGGCAUUGGAAGCCCGGAAACUCAGACGAUGAAGUCUCCACAAGUCAAGAAGACUCAUUCAUCUCAAUCAACUUUGGGAAAAACGGAGUUGGGUCAUGGGAGGAGAACAAGGUCUCAGAGGUAUCCCUGGAAAACUGCAGCCUGUCAUGGAAUCACCACUUGACCAAAGACUACAAGGAGACCAAGACUGUGAUAGAGCACGGCAAGACCCGUGCCUCACUUAGGUGGCGGAAGCGGAUUUGCCACCUCUUCCAGCUCAUCAGAAGGAAAAGGUCUAACAAAGGGACAGUCUGCCACGUGGAAGGAGUUAAGACAAGGAAAGGCUGGAUAAAAACUCUGACAAGGUCAAGAAACACUGAAUAGGCAAAAGAGAAUAUCUAUGCGUGAAUUGGAAUUCAAAUGUGAUUUGUAUAAAGAUUUGAGUCAAAAACUUAUUUUCUUGAUUUGAGCGCUUGCAGGUUUAAGAAUUUAUGAAUGUAAAUGAAGUUCUGUAAUGUGCUUGAAAUAUAUCUCCUCUUCUUCC